AUGCAAGGGACAUCCUCAGAUCAAGACAAUCGCUUUGCUGACAAGCAAAAGAAAUUGCUCAAACAAAUGAAGUUUGGAGAAAGUCUUGAAAAAAAGUUUCUCCUUCCAUCAAGCCUCUCUUUGUACUUGGUCUGCCAUCUUCACAUCCUUUGUGUCACAGUCAUCGAGAUGGAGUGCGUUUCAGAUGUGGGUGCCAUCCCCCUGGAUGGAGUGGGAUUUCUUCAGGGCAUUGCACUCUCUCAGGAUGGAAAUGAGUCGUCCCUACUUCCUUUCGAUGUAUCUGGUGACUUCACACGUUGUCCGCUUAUAGAGGGACUCGAGUUCAAUCAGUCUCCUCCUUCCCUUGCAUCUCAGAAGGUAGAAUCUUUCAACAGCAGCCUUCGGAUGGUGAACAUGUCAAAAGUGAAACUGGAUGUGAUCAAACCUUGGAUUGCACACAGAAUCACUGAAUUACUUGGAGGAGUGGAAGAUGAUGUUGUGGUGGAAUUUGUGUUUAACCAACUUGAAGCAGAUAAGGCUUAUGUCAUCAACUCAGCAUCGGCCAUCGGGGAUCUCAUCGGCACUAUGCCUCUCAAGAAAUCAGCA